CUUUACUCCCACAAGUUUGCAGCUUGCAGGGACAACAUGGGGAUUCAUCUAUUUUAAGGAGUAGUAGCCUACAUUUUUAUACCGGGGCGUUAACAAAUAAGUCAGUCUUUAUAAGAGGAUCCAGAGGAACAAACAACCUGGAUUUGCGCUCACCAUCAUCCGAUGAGGGAGAUAAAGAAGAAAGAUGAGAACAUGGAAGUGUGUUGUAAGGCGCUGCCGGGACGAAAGGAGACAUUCAUAGUCUUCAUCUUUUAUCUUCAUCUGUGUUACAGGCCUAUAGCCGAAGCAAUUCAUCCGGACUGCGCCAUCAUCUCUCAGCACCUGAGGGCUCGAGAGGUUUGCAGCCAGACGAGGAGGAGCGAAGCGCAAAACAAGACCGAGCACAGCGAAUGUAACACAGAGUGGGAUGAGAUCGGCUGCUGGCUGAAAACUGAAGUUGGGCAAGUGGUCAAUGUGUCAUGCUCCGAUGUCUUCCAGCAUUUCUCUAGCAAUCAAGGGUAUGUUUACAGGAACUGCACGGUGGAUGGCUGGUCAGAAAUGUAUCCACCCUACAAUGAGGCCUGUGCUUUCAGUGACGACAGUGGGCCUGAAUCUGAGACGAGUUACCUCUCUACAUUCAGAAAGGUUUACACUGUGGGCUACGCCACCUCGCUAAUCUCCCUCAUUACAGCCAUAGUGGUGUUCACAGCCUUCAGGAAGUUCCGCUGCACCAGAAACUACAUCCACAUCAACCUCUUCUCUUCCUUCAUCCUGAGAGCCAGUGCUGUUUUCAUUAAAGACACCAUUCUGUUUGCUGAUGAGACCCUGGACCACUGCUCUGUGUCCACAACAGCAUGCAAGUCAGCCGUUGCAUUCUUCCAAUUCAGCAUCCUGGCCAAUUACUUCUGGUUGCUGGUGGAGGGCAUGUAUCUACAGACCCUGCUGGCCCUGACCUUUGUCUCUCAGAGGAAAUACUUCUGGUGGUACAUCCUGAUUGGAUGGGGGCUCCCAUCAACAGCUCUUAUACUUUGGGUGCUGACCAGAUUCUUCUAUGAUGACAGAGGUUGCUGGGAUGACACAGACAAUGUUCCUAUUUGGUGGAUUAUCAAAGGACCAAUAACAGCCACCCUGCUGGUCAAUGUAGGCAUCUUCAUCAAUGUGAUCCGGAUCCUGGUUGAAAAGCUUAAAUCUUCAGCGAUGGCCGGGAAUAAUGACACCAGACACUUUAUGAGGCUGGCUAAAUCCACCCUGUUCCUCAUCCCUCUCUUUGGGAUGCACUACACAGUAUUCGCCUUCCUGCCUGAGAACACUGGAGUGGCAGCCAGACUCUACAUCGAGCUCGGGCUGGGAUCCUUUCAGGGUUUUGUGGUGGCACUGCUUUACUGUUUCAUGAAUGGAGAGGUCCAAACAGAGUUGCGGAGAUGGCUGUGCAAGUGUCACAAUCAAAAUCCUCUCACCCCAGCCAAGCGAAGUAUCACUCAGGUCACAGUUCGAGCCCGCAGGGGGCUCGGGCGGCCUCCUUCUAGUGGCCACAUCUCUUCAGUAUGAUUUUUAGGAGAGCAUCCAUGAGAUACAAGUUGUUGUGGUAACGUGACGAUGUCAAGUAAACUAUCAGAUGCAAAGCUCAAUCUGCUGAUGGCAUUAAUUCAACAACCCCUUGGCAGGGGAGCGCAAUAAACAAAGUUAUUGAGAAAUAAUAUAUCAGUGUCUGCAGCAGCAAUGACCAUGACAACACACAUCUUACACUUGGUCUCGAUUUGGGAGGAUGCCAUGGUGACACUGUGGAAAGACAACAGUAUAGACAGAGGUGGCCCAGAGCUUUCAGGAGGAUGACUUUUACAUGGUUCUGUUUACAUUUUGCUGGCUGAAAAUAUGUGCAGGACUGAUAUGGACUGAAUUUGCUAAUUGUUUUUUCCGCAGCAAUUCAGCUGUUGCUAGAGAGACAUUUUUAAUCAUGAAGAUCCAGGGGAACUGAGCCAAUGUAUUUAAGGCUGUCUGUUUGUGUGUGUGUGUGUAUGUGUGUGCAUGAAGCUGCCAUAUCUUGGGUAUGUCAUGUCUUAAAAGACUUCUUAUUUUAAGAGUUGUCUGUUUUGAUGAGCCAUCUUUGAAACACAGUAUGUGUAAGUAUUUAUUAGCUAGUUUUUUCUUCAUCUGUCAAAAAGGUACUGUAUAACUAGAUGAAACAUUUCAACUGACAGUAAGUGUCUUAAGAUAUAUUAUAUUGUAAGCUUGGUUUUCUUCGCAGGGUGCACAUCAGGUUCCACCAAAACAAGUUCCUUUCCAAGACCAUUUUACAUAGCCACUGUCACUGUUCAUAGCUUAGCAGGCCCUUGUCAUUGGUUUAAAGAAAUGCUAACAACCUACAGCUUAUUUAUCUAUCCCAGAAUGAGUGUGUGGGGUAGCCAGGCUUACUCCAAAGUGCUGUGGAGAUAGGUCUGCCACCGAGAGAAUAUCAUGUACCUUGAACCUUGAUUUGGAUGGAAAUUAGGAAAGAGUAGCAGCAAAUUGGUCUGUUGCACGCUUCUCCUUACAUUAAAUUAAUUGGUUUUAAACAAGCAUCUUAUUCAACCAAAAGACAAUUUCCUCUUAUGAUAAAAAGUAACAACGUACUGCUGCCAAAUCUGUACACUGUCCAUUUUUUCUUAAAGAUUAUUUUUUGGGCAUUUUAGGCCUUUAAUUGAUAGGACAGUAGAAGACAUGAAAGGGGAGAGAGAGGGGGAGUGACAUGCAGCAAAGGGCCGCAGGCUGAAUUCGAACCCUGGCCGGCUGCGUCGAGAAGUAAACCUCUAUACAUGGGCACCCGUUCUACCAACUGAGCUAUCUGGGUGCCCACACUGUCCAUUUUAAUGGAUAGAAUAGAAUAUAAAUGUAUUUAUUUGAAAGAGGGACAAUACACAGCAACAGUUGCUAAUUUCCACCUGUAGUCCCUAGGAAGGUAUGACAAAAUGGGAUAUGGGAUGGGAUAGCUAAGCGAAAUAAAGCAAAUCUUCACGAAAUACAACAAUUUACCAGAUAGAUUUAUUUUGCAGUUAAACUUACACAACCUGGGACAUGAAUUUAGGACACCAGAACGCAUGUUACACAUGACACACUGUCACAGGUAGAACAUAAUAUGGAUGAGGUCUUAUAUAUAUUCUUUUGACAUUUAAGUUACUUAUAUCCUCAUUAAUGCUUGUCAUUAGAUACGCAUGCGUACAGUAUACACUCUCUCCAACUUUCAAACAUACUCACUUUAAAAACUGUUACAUUAACAUAAAUGUACAAAAACACAGUCACAAACAUCAAGAGGUCAAGAGGUCCACCGACCUGUGUGCCAAAAAUAUACAUCUACAGUGUACUGUAUAUAUAAUCAAAAAGACAUCAUUUGUACACCAUGGCAAAUUGAUAGCAGGAGACAUGUAAGAGCAGCUGAGCAACAUCAGUACAUUCAAAAAUGUGUUGGCAAUCAACUCACACACACACACACACACACACCACACACACACACACACACACACACACACACACACACACACACACACACACAUAAUAGUUACCUUUAAAGGAAUAGUUUGACAUUUUUGGAAAAAACAUUAAAUGUUUGCUUUCUUGCUGAGAGGAAUAUCAAGGGGGGCAGUUAGCUAGUGAUAAUGUAGCUAUUAGUUAGCCAAUAUACACCAGCUAAGACUAAACAGCUAGCUAGUAGAUAGUAGCUAGUGGACACACACUAUUAGAAAAGUAAGGCCUAGGCCUACAUCUUGUUGCUUUAAUCUGCACAACAGAAGAGUAGAAAUACAUGUUGUGGUUUUACAGGAAGUUAAGUGAGGUAUUUCCUGUCAACAGAGCCAGCUAGCUGUUUCCUCCCGCUUCCAGUCUUUGUGCUAAGCUAACCGGCUGCUGGCUGUAGCCUAAUAUUUAGCUUACACACAUGAAAGUGAUAUUAAUCUUUCAAAGGUACCCCCAAUUCUCAAUUUUUACUCGCAUCUCAGUAAAUUUAGAAAUUAGAGAGAGAAGGAGGAAAAUUCUAGAAUUAAGAGGGGAUCAGUGCUGAUUCAGAAAAUCCUAAUUUGUAGGCUUGUUUGUUGAUUUGUGUAGAGAAAAAUCACAAAACAUAGAUGUGAAUAAUGUUAAGCAUGGUGCAUUUAAGUGCCCUACCCCUAUUUCAUCCAAAAUCCAAAGUACAAGACUCAAAAAGCAAAUCAAUGCCAGUCAAACUUCCCCCUUUCUACAAAACUGUCAAACCAAAAUUCUAAGACUUUGACGCCACCUUGUGGUAAACAAAUAUACAGUGCAUACAUAGUAAAGUAAGGAGUUGUCUACUCUUCUUUUACAGACAGUAACAGGUUUUAGACAUGGUCGUUUCCAUCUGAGCCGAUUCAGACUCAGCUGGGGAUAGAACACGUAAGCAGCAGCAGAGUGGUUUUUAUCACACCCUCAUACAAACAUUGUGUUUUAUCUGUUGCAGUUGUUCCACUUCCUAAUUAAACCUCUGGCUCUAGUUCAUUCAAUAGUGUCUUGUUACACAUUGUUUUGUCCAAAGGCAGCCAAGCAAAUGCAUAAAACUGAUGCAUCUCCUCAGUGGUGUGUAUGCUUUAUCUCACUUUUUAGAGUUUAUGUACGUGUUUUAUUUCUCACAAUAAGCUCUGCAGCUUUGGACAGCAAUUUCCUGUGAGUGUUUUUUGUUUUCUUCAAAAUCAGAAAGGAGACAUUAUUCCACACAUCUCACCAGUUGUCACUACAUUUAUGGCACUUUGACCAAGAGAGUCAAUAUCACUCAAUGUAAUGAAAUCCUACAUCAGGCAUUAAACUAAAUGACACAUUAGUGUACUAUACAUUGAAUCAUUUCACAUGGAACCAGUUUAUGGUAAAUAAAUAUACAUCAUUUUCUGUUCAACAAUAUUCAAUAUAUUGUUCAAAGAUACUACAUUCUUUUAAUCCGCUCAGAUGACAUUCAAAAAAAUAAAUAUCUUGAAUAAAUAUUGUUAAUAAAUCCUCCUGUACGCAUCACAUGUCAUCUUAUUAAAUGAUUUCCUCACCUCAACAUUUAUUGUUUGUUAGCUUAGUUUGU